AUGCCAUUGUUCCUUGACACGGCGGCGCUGGCCAAGGCGGUGGCUGCAGGAAUAACCAAUUACAUUGCUUUGUCUUCGUCGUCCGCUGCUGCUUUCGGCACUUGGUCUAUCUGUCCAUUUGCUGCGGCACUAAGUCGUGGCAUAUAUAACCCCUCCCGCCGAACGUUCUCUGCUUCCGUCAUGAAUCGUCUCGCAGAAUUCAUUUCCGCUACGAAUGCGCAGAUCCAGGACGAUAUACUGGAGGAUACGUACAUGACAUCGGAAACUACAGCUCGGACGAUACCGGGCAGAUUCGAGCCUUUUAUCACGACGGGCACGCACAGCGACGUAUUGCUUCCUAGUUCCGGUCUCCUUCCCACUGAUUUACUUUCCCUCACACACUACACCUGUGUUGUUCGCCCUCAUCCACCUUUCUCCGAGUUAUCGUCCCUCCCUGAGCAGUGCGAAGCGAUUUGCUCUCGUCUGCUCACCAUCGAAGGGUUCUCAGAGUACUUCCGGAGAUCAGCCUCCUUACAUGCUUUUCGCCACCCGAUUGAUAUUGUCACAGAGCUGCGGGACUGCCUAGCUCUGGGCGCGCCGCUCUGUUAUCUGUUCAACUGGCUCCCUCCUCCGUAUCAGCCUAUCAAAUUAGACGUUGUAGAUCCCAACCCCUUCUUGUUCGAUUUCCGCGAUAAAGUUUCCAGGACACGCGCUAUAAAGACGUUCAUUGCUUAUUGCCAAGGCCAGAGCGUUUGUGAUGGUUUCGACAUCCAUGACCUCACCGACAAAAGCAGGUUCGCAAAGGUCUUAGCGUCAGUUAACGCCGUCCUUGAUGCCUUACAAGAUAGAGUCUUCACCGAGGUUGCUCCACCAUCGGAAGCUCCUCUUCAGUGGAUUACGAAUUCGCCUCCCAGUCUCAUCUUCGACGGGAUCCUCUUCCUAAUCCGUGUCCCCUUGCACCGCUACCCUUACAUUACGAAGGAAAAGAUCCUCGAAGCAUGCAGGGCAAAAGGGACCGACGAGUGGAGUUCACUGCGCUGGCUUCCGAAUCUCAUCAAGAUGUUUCGCGGCGCUCCCGACUUUGUACCGUGGCUUUCAGCGUUGGCGCCUGGGACGGACCAAGGAUACGUUAAAGCCGCGAUGAUUGCCAUAGGAUUCCUCCUGCCCUUUAUUCACAAGGACUCCAAGGCCCUUCGCGACGGUAUAGUUAGGGUGUAUCGCGCCGAUACAUACAAGCAUCCGGACGAGAACUCGGCGGUGGCGACGCUGAGCUUGGGGUAUAGUGAAGGCGGCGGCGCUAUGGAAGCGCUUCCGAGUGCGUACUUGCAUCGCCUCCCGUAUUGA